AUCGCCUAUCAUACAAUUGCGCCCAUGUUUUUGACAGAAGUCAGGAUUUGACAUGCCAUUGGCUUCUAACCCCACAGCUUUACUAGUAGGUGUGGGAACGCACAGGAACACAAUCACCCAUGGAGUUAAUAUUGGUUACUUUUUUAUUUUGAUUCAUCAGCGGUCGCAAAUUUGACAAUGAGGCCGCAUGGGCCCUGUCACUGAAUGGUGGUAUAUCUGCAGCCUGAGGCCUGAGGAACGUCAGGUUCCCCAGUCCCAACAUGACCCAUGUCUCAAAUGAUCCUGCUUGGUGGCCGUACAUAAAGUGGUGUUAUAUAUUGAAUUAUUUUAUAGUUGCAUCAUCUACUGCAGUAGUAUACGACUGGGUAUUGACAUUUGCACGAGAGUUCGAAUUGGUCUGGAGGCGACGCUGGUCCUUCGUGACUGUUCUCUACGUUUGUGUGCGCUGCAUCGGAAUACUAUAUUCUAUCGUCUACAUAGUUGGGAAUCUCCCGUUCUCGAUUACAGAUGUAGUGGGCAAUAUCUUUUACUUCAUGCAGGUAUGGAUACCUGUCGUCGUCAAUGCCAUGCUGGGCGUCAUCAUGAUGACUCGAAUACAUGCCAUGUAUCAGGGAUCCAAGAUCAUGCUCGUCUUCCUCGGUGCAGUCUUAUUGACAUGCACGAUCGCUACCGUGGUUAUGACAGGAAUAGGAAAUAUCAAAGCUUCAGCGGUGGAUGUUGUCCUUUCUGGCAACCGUAUGUGCCUGAGCCUCGGUGUCGCUGACACACUGAAUCGGGAGAUCUUCAUACCCACCCUUCUAUGGGAGGUUAUUGCCUUGUUUCUCGCUGUCAGGAUUUUUAUCAAACAUAUCCGUGAACUGCAAAAAUCAAGGACAGAAUCGACCAUCGGAGACUGUUUCACGGCGUUGAUAAGAAGUCAUGUGCCAUAUUUCGUAGGGUGAGCUUGGUACUUUGUAACCUAUUAUCUUGUUCCACUGAAGUUUUGCGUGUGCUAGCUUUGUCGCUGUGACUUGUUUCAACAUCGGCACACUAUCCCCCGCUUUGGACCCAGUUACUGUGGGAUCUGGUGUUUAUUACGGCGUUU